AUGCGCACCACUCGAGAUUCCCAGCGUGAUUCCCUAAACAACUUUAUUACCGUCAUCAUCAACACUUUCGCCAACAAUCACGACGCUGCAGCCGUUGCGUUGGAUCAAUGUUUCGCGGCAUUCACCCUCAUUCGGAGUAAAAAUGUAGCAAAGCGAGCAGCUGAUCAGGAGACGCACGCAACGGCCGAAGAGCCAGGAGCUGCCCUCUACCAGUCACUUUCGAACUGUAAUGAGAAAACAUAUGAAACUAUGGAAAUAAUGGGUAAAGCACCAUCGUUUACUAAUUUUUACGAGCCACCAUCAACAAGCUAUGACUGCAAUGAAGCAGUAACUGCUGCGGCGAGUUACAUCCAGGAUAAAUUACCCUUGACAAAUACGCGUAGAUGUUACAUCGAAAUGCAGUCAGGGCACAGGCUGGAGAUACUGGCUCGAAAUGGCGUCGUACCAAAGCCGAUCGCCCAGAUAAGCAGCAUUGAACAAGCAAUCGCUAACGCACCGGCGCCAAUUUAUUUGCGGCCGAACGAACUGUGCUUUGAUGAUGUAGCCGAUAGCGGCGAAAUACUCAGUGAAUUUUUCAUGCCCUCGAGUUUCACCAUGCAGCCAGUGAAAAGUAUCAUGGAGCCUGCCAUUCCACCAGCAACAGCCGCUCAGAUAUCUAGCGCAGAGCCACCGACGUUUACACAGCUUUAUAACUUUUAUGAACAUUAUGAUCACAAGGAUGCAUGUUCGACGUAUGGCAAUGAGAAUCAAAUUAGCAAAUGCGAGACUGACAUUAAGACGUGUAGGCUUCUUUUCAAUUACUGCACUUAA